AAUCCAUAUAAAUAGAGAAGAAGUUUAGUGUCAAGGCCUACGUGUCGGUAAUAAGUCCUGAGUCAUGACUCUUUCGCAACGACAAUCGGAAUUAUUUCAAAGGGAUUCCAUAUAAGGUCGUCAUUUUACAGGCGGCCGCGAACUCGCCUUACAAAAUAACGAUGGAAAAUGGUCAACCGUUUGUAAAGGCCGCUUCGUGCCUUAUUACAUCAAUUUCACGUGCUAUAUACAGUGUCCAUCCGCUCUAUCAAAACAUUAACGUAAUAACUCGUGGGCGACAGAGCGAAUUAUUAAUUCGCCCGUUCUGUACUUUGCAGUCGCGUCAAAUAAUUGGCGUAAAUCAACCAUGCCCAAAUGCCGCAAGCUAUUACGGAAUCCAGCGUAUCUUCUUAACCACCAGAACUGCAUCUGACCGUAACUACAACUUGAUAUCAUAUUCGACAAGUCAUCCAUCCCUGAGAAUAAUUGGCGAGGAUCUUCGAGCUGCUGGAUGCGUCUCGAAAAUCAGGAGAAUCCCUAGGGACUCGACACUACGAUAAAAUAUCGCGGGUGAUAAGACACAAGGAAUAACAG